GUGCAAACCGAAUAAUUGCUAAUUUAGAGUGUGAAACAAAUUGCGCAAUGAAAUGGAAUUAAAUAUUUAAAUGGCCUGUUGAAUGUGUCUGUUGUUCAGUUGUCCAUAAAACACGGUUUUUAUAGGGUACAUGGGAUUUGGUGCAAAAAUAUUCGUUUAGUUCGUACAUUUUUUUGUCGUUAGGAAGGUGCUCACGUUUUCAAUGUUUGUCUAAAUUUAAUCGGAUUCAGGUACAAAAUUGAAACUGUUCAAAUAUUCCGAUUUUUUUUUCGCUUGAAAAUUGAUUAAAUUCGAUGCAGUAAACAAAAAAACAGCAGUAAAUCUUGUUAAAAAUGCAGUAUUCAUGGGUAUAUUUGUGGUAUAUUGUUGGUUGUGUUGUGGUCGGUUGGCUAUUUUUCACCGUCGAGGCGCUAGACAAUGGACUGGCGUUAACACCACCGAUGGGUUGGCUAUCGUGGGAACGAUAUCGCUGCACUGUAGAUUGUCAUUUGUAUCCCGAUGACUGCAUCAGCGAGCGAUUGAUAAAAACGAUGGCCGAUCUCAUGGUUGCGAAUGGAUACAAAGCGGCUGGUUAUGAAUAUGUGAUAAUUGAUGAUUGUUGGUUGGAAGAAAAGCGUGACCCAAUCACGAAUGAACUAGUGGCGGAUCGAAUGCGAUUUCCCAGCGGAAUUAAAGCUCUAGCCGAUUACAUUCAUGAUAAAGGCUUAAAGAUUGGCAUCUAUCAGGACUAUGGCACAAAAACAUGUGCCGGCUACCCGGGAAUUAUUGAUCACAUGGAAUUGGAUGCAAAAACAUUUGCACGAUGGCAAAUUGACUAUGUAAAAUUGGACGGAUGCUACGCUGACUAUCGCCAAAUGGAUGUGGGCUAUCCGGAAUUUGGUCGGUUAUUGAAUGCAACCGGACGGCCCAUGGUCUAUUCAUGCAGUUGGCCCGCUUAUCAAGAGGGCGAAGGUUUGCUGCCAAACUACGAAUUGUUAAAAAUGCAUUGUAAUUUAUGGCGAAAUUGGGAAGAUAUCCAGGACUCAUAUGAAUCAUUUUCGGGAAUUGUACGCUAUUUUGCCGCCAAUCAGUCACGAAUCCAGCCGCAUGCUGGCAGAGGACAUUGGAAUGAUCCGGAUAUGUUAAUUAUUGGGAAUUUUGGUUUGUCAUUGGAUCAGAGUAAAAUGCAAAUGGCCAUUUGGGCCGUAUUAGCUGCGCCAUUGCUUCUGUCAACCGAUUUGAAACAAAUUCGACCCGAAUUCAAAGCCAUUUUACUCAACAAACAAAUCAUUGCCGUCAACCAAGAUGAAUUGGGAAUUCAGGGUCUUCUCGUGCGGUAUGAACAAGGGAUUCAGUGCUGGAUUCGACCAAUAACACCCGUCGUAUAUGGCGCACAUUCGUAUGCGAUUGCUUGGACGAACACACGAGACGAUGGCAUCCCAUUCGUAAUUUCGUACAAUUUAACCGAUUUGGGAUUGACACACAAACCCGGUUACCAUGUCACUGAUCUAUUUAACGAACACCAUUCGUUUGUCAUCCAACAACCCUACGCCGAUUUUAAAGUACGCAUCAAUCCGACAGGUGUCGUUUUCUACAAAUUCACACCGCGCAGAACCGAGAAAAAACUUACAGCGCGGCCAUUCUCAUUUUGGAAGCAGUUCUUGCAAUUGAUUCAUAGUAGAGAUAUAAAAACAUUUUUAACAUAUUGAAUCUUGUAACUGAAACUUCCUGAUCGAUAUUUUUUUUUUAAAUCAAAAGCUUAUAAUUUUAAUUUUCAAUUAAAAUUGCUAUCUUUUUUUAUGUUUCUUUUUUAUAUCGAAAUUUUUAUGUCAAAAUAUGUCAUCUAAAAUCAAAUGCUGCUAAUGAAUAAACACACUUCCAUUUAAGUCA